CAGAUAACGGCGCAGAGAGCCGAUAGCUCUCGGUACGCACAGGAAAAUAUGCGCGUUUUAAAAACAAAGAAGACGUCUGAACCAUAACACAGUCAAGAGUUAAAGGCGUUAUUUUCCCACCCGCCCCUCGUGAAAUUACAUUUCACGCAACAGGCUGCAAAACCAAUGUGGAGUCUAAGCUGAAGAACAGUACCACCUGUAACACCGUGCCCGUGCUUCCGACUUUCGUGCCGAUGCCGAGAAUGAAGAAGCAAAACGUCCGGACCUUGUCGCUCAUCCUCUGCAUGUUCUCCUACUUGCUGGUGGGCGCCGCGGUGUUUGACGCGCUGGAGUCUGAGUCGGAGAGCUCCCGUCGGCGCAUCUUGGAGCAGAAGCGCAACGAAAUGAAGAAGAAGUACCGCUUCUCCGAGGACGACUACCGCGAAAUCGAGAGAGUAGUGCUGCAAGCUGAGCCCCAUCGCGCCGGGAGACAGUGGAAAUUUGCUGGCUCUUUUUACUUUGCCAUAACAGUAAUCACUACCAUUGGUUAUGGACAUGCAGCCCCUGGAACAGAUGCUGGAAAGAUCUUCUGCAUGUUCUAUGCUGUACUCGGCAUUCCUCUCACUUUGGUUAUGUUCCAGAGCCUGGGAGAGAGGAUGAACACAUUUGUCCGCUAUCUCUUACAUAAGCUGAAACAAUGCCUGGGCUUUCGACGCACUGAGGUGUCCAUGGAGAACAUGGUCCUGGUGGGCUUUUUGUCCUGCAUCGGAACACUGUGUGUGGGCGCCGCAGCCUUUUCCCACUUUGAGGGAUGGAGCUUCUUCCAUGCUUACUACUACUGCUUCAUCACACUCACCACAAUUGGCUUUGGGGACUUUGUGGCUUUGCAGAAAAAAGAGGACCUCCAGGAGAAAACGCCCUAUGUCGCUUUCAGCUUUAUGUACAUUCUGGUGGGAUUAACUGUUAUCGGGGCAUUUCUUAAUUUAGUGGUGCUCCGUUUUCUCACCAUGAACACUGAGGAUGAGCGACGGGAUGCACAAGAAAGGGCUUCAAUGAAGAGAGACAGAGGCCUUUUGGAUGGGACCCUGGGCCUUGGUGUUUUAGGGGAACAAAGCAGAGAUAGCCACAGUGAGAGGAACCGGAGCAACAUGGUGCACAGCCAUAGCACACUUUUCCUCCCGAUGGAGGAAGGAACCAGUCGCACCAACCUCAUCUCUUCUCCGGUGGAUCAGGAAAGACGAAAAAGCCCCUGCAGGCACAGGUUGCAUUUCCAGAUAAAGGCAGGCAGAAGCAGACAGGAGUCGAGCCUUAGCUCCCUCUGUUCCUGCAUGUGCUACCGUUUAGAGAUUUGCGAUAGCCCUCUUAUGUCCCACAGUGAACAUCGUGGCUGCCACGUUAAUUCUGUUUAUUACAACUCAGUUUCCUACAGGAUUCAGGGCUGUUCACCAAGUUCCAGGGACAACACUGGACUAACUUCGCCAGGAAGCAGGAUCUCACUUGGCCAUAGUUUCCGGGAGUUCCCUCAUUUACGAAGAAAGUCAGUAUAAGGAGCAUUAUUGUGUUUGCACAAACUGUAAACAGUAUUUUCAGAGACACUGUAUUUUGUGUUACUUCUCCUUUGUGCAUGAAGACAAUAGUUCUGUUUAGUAAAUAAGUUGUCUGUUGUGGCUAUUGAAAAUAAUUUUAUUUCUAAAGCGAGAAGGAU